AUGUCGGUUAUCUAUUCCCAAACAGAGACGUAUGAUAUCAUCUUGACUUUAGGGAAAGGCACUUUUGGGGAAGUGGCUAAAUGUUGGAAGCGAGGUAACGGGGAGAUGGUUGCUAUAAAGAUCCUUAAAAGCGAUGCCUAUAGGAGCCGGAUUAUUAAAAAUGAGCUGAAACUGCUGGCCGCCAUUUCCAAAGUCAGCCUGGACGACUGCCACAUUGUGACAUUUUAUGAAGCUUUCCACGACGAGAGCCAACACUACCUGGUCUUCGAGCUCAUGGAGAAGAAUCUCUUUGACCUGCAGAAGGAGAACAGCUUCAGGCCUCUGCCUGUGAGGCACAUCCGGACCAUCGUCUUCCAGGUCCUCAAAGCCCUGGCCAAGCUCAAGGAGCUCACCAUCAUCCAUGCCGACCUCAAGCCUGAGAACAUCAUGAUUGUGGACCACCACAGGUUCCCCUUCAGAGUGAAGGUCAUUGAUUUCGGCUCAGCAAGUAUCUUCAACGAAGUACGUUAUGUCAAGGAGCCCUACAUCCAGUCCAGGUUCUACAGGUCUCCAGAAAUCCUGUUGGGUCUGCCUUUCUGUGAGAAGGUGGACAUGUGGUCUCUGGGCUGCGUGAUGGCUGAACUCUACCUGGGCUGGCCUCUGUACCCUGGUGACAAUGAGUUAGAACAGGUCAGCUACAUCUGUAAGACCCAGGGCAUGCCCAAAACACACCUGCUCAACGCAGCCAGCAAGACCCACCAGUUCUUCAAGUGGACCAGGACCUCCAGAGGCACACACCAGUGGCAGCUGAAGUCCUCCAUCGAGGAUCUUCCACAGGGCAAAGGUGGACAGGGCAAGGUCCACCAGGAGAGGAGGAAAUAUGUUCUGAGCUCGCUGGACGAACUGGAGACCGUGAACACCCCGAAAGUGUCCGCCUUCCAAGACGACGAAGCCUUGGCCGCCAUCAGCGACCGUAAGAGUAUGGUGGAGCUCCUGAAGAGAAUGCUGACCCUGGACUCCCACGAACGCAUCAACCCCAGCUCGGCUCUUCAGCACCCCUUCGUGACCAUGCAGCACCUCAAGAUCACCUUGCUUCAUUCCAAGUACUGCGAGAUGUCCAUGCAGGGAUUCCAGGAAGCUUUGAGCUACCAGAUCAGCCAGGAAGACGUGGAGAAACACAGCUACGGCAUGACCGACAAUCAGAACGAGUGUUGCCAGAAUGAUUCGGCCCAACAGGUUCCUGUGGUCGUUAAUGUGCAGAGGACCAUUGACAAGAUGGAUGGUCUAAGGAUUGACGAGUCAGAGCUGGAAGCUGCAAUGAACCUCUGGGGUGAAGGUGGACUAGGAAGGGAUUACCAGCCUUCUACCUCCAUGGAGUACAUCUCAAGCCACAAGGAGCUGCCCAGGCACCUCCACCAGCGCAGCAGCAAUGGCACAAGGAGGCAGCCGGUCUUGGCCUACCAGAACAGCCGUUAUGGAGCUAAGAAGCAGCCUUCGCGGCACUCGAAGUCAGACCCCACUUUUAGGAAGCUGAUUCUGCUUGGGCAGGAGACCGCUGAGGGAGGCUGUCCCUGUACAAGUCAAGAGGAUUCUGACAGUCCCACCUCAAAGAAUCCGUCCUCCAUACCAGAAUUUGUGGAUAAACAGGAGGAAAACCCGGUCAAGAAUCCACCGCAGGAGUACUCCGCCACACAGGUAUUAGUAUACCAAGAAUAA